AUGGUUGACGGUGUGAAGCUCGACAAGCUCGUCAUAGCCCAGCUAGGCUUAUUGGCACAACGCCGCCUUGCGCGAGGCGUCAAACUAAACCAUGCCGAAGCUGCGGCCCUGAUCUCCUCCGUCCUCCACGAACUCAUCCGCGACGGCGCUCACUCCGUCUCCGACCUCAUGUCUCUCGGCGCAACCCUCCUCGGCCGCCGUCAUGUUUUACCCAGCGUCCCACACACCCUGCAUAUGGUGCAAGUCGAGGGCACGUUCCCCUCUGGCACCUUUUUAGUCACCGUGCAGAACCCCAUUGCUACAGAUGACGGCGACUUGGCGAGGGCGCUGUACGGAAGUUUUUUACCCGUCCCCAGCAAAGAGGAACAGGAGAGGUUGUUUCCUUUGCCAAAGGAGGAGAAGGCCCCUGGCGCGGUAGUCGUGGUUAAGACUGCAUCCGGCGAGCCGGACGUUGUGAAGCUGAACGAGGGAAGGAGAAGGGUGAAGCUGAAGGUUACUAACAAAGGUGACCGCGCCGUGCAAGUAGGCAGCCACUACCAUUUCAUUGAAGUCAACCCGCUUUUGUCUUUCGACCGGGAGAAGGCGUACGGUUUCAGACUGGACGUGCCAUCCGGCUCGUCGCUGCGUUUCGAGCCCGGUGAAUCCCGAACCGUGACGCUGGUCGAGAUCGGCGGCAACAAGGUUAUUAAGGGAGGGAACGGGAUCGUCAAUGGCAAAGUGGACUUCACUCGCACGGGAGAGAUCGUGGAGAAGUUAGUUAAGAUGGGGUUUGCGCAUGUUCCUGAGCCGGGAGCGGAUGCGGCGUUGAUUCAGGGGGCGGCCUUGGACAGAGAGACAUAUGCGCACAUGUUUGGCCCUACGACAGGGGAUUUGGUCCGGCUAGGGAAUACGGAGUUGUGGGUGCGGGUUGAGAAGGACUUUACGGUGUACGGGGAUGAGUGCAAGUUCGGCGGGGGGAAGGUGUUGCGGGAUGGGAUGGGGCAGGCGACGGGGCGAUCGGACGCAGACACUCUUGAUCUGGUCAUUACCAACGCGCUGGUAAUCGAUUAUACGGGGAUUUAUAAGGCUGAUAUUGGCGUCAAGAAUGGGGUGAUUAGCGGGAUCGGGAAGGCGGGCAAUCCGGAUGUGAUGGAUGGAGUGACGCCGGGAAUGGUGGUCGGGAGCUGUACGGAUGUUAUUGCUGGCGAGGGGAAGAUUGUUACGGCGGGCGCGAUUGAUACCCAUAUUCAUUUUAUCUGCCCGCAGCAGGCGUAUGAGAGUAUUGCGAGCGGAGUGACGACGUUGUUAGGCGGUGGCACGGGGCCGAGCACCGGCACCAACGCAACAACCUGCUCCCCCGGCGCAUUCUACAUCCGCUCCAUGCUUCAAUCAACCGACUCUCUCCCCCUCAACAUAGGCAUAACCGGCAAGGGCAACGACAGCGACCCCCUCGCGCUCCGCGAACAGGUGCUCGCCGGUGCCUGCGGCCUCAAGCUCCACGAAGACUGGGGCUCGACACCCGCUGCCAUCGACUCUUGCCUCUCCGUCUGCGACGAGCUCGACGUGCAGUGCCUCAUCCACACCGACACGCUCAACGAAUCCGGCUUCGUCGAGUCCUCCGUGGCGGCCUUCAAGGGGCGGACUAUUCAUACGUAUCAUACGGAGGGCGCCGGCGGCGGGCACGCUCCGGAUAUCAUUCGCGUCGUGGAGCACCCGAACGUGUUGCCGUCUAGCACAAACCCGACCAGGCCGUACACCAAGAACACGUUAGACGAGCACCUCGACAUGAUGAUGGUCUGCCACCAUCUCUCCAAGGACAUCCCCGAGGACGUGGCGUUCGCGGAGUCGCGCAUCCGCGCGGAGACCAUCGCUGCUGAGGACGUUCUGCACGAUUUGGGCGCCAUCAGCAUGAUGAGCUCGGACUCGCAAGCCAUGGGCCGGUGUGGAGAGGUUGUAUUGCGCACGUGGCAUACCGCGCACAAGAAUAAGCUGCAGCGGGGGCCGUUGAAGGAGGAUGAGGGGACGGGAGCGGAUAACUUCAGGGUGAAGCGGUACGUGAGUAAGUACACGAUUAACCCCGCGCUGGCGCAAGGCAUGGGGCAUUUGAUUGGGAGUGUGGAGGUGGGCAAGCUGGCCGAUUUGGUUCUUUGGGAGCCGGCUUGGUUUGGGACGAAGCCGGAAAUGGUCUUGAAGGGUGGUUUUAUCGCUUGGGCGCAGAUGGGCGACCCCAACGGCUCGGUCCCCACUAUCGAGCCCGUCAUCGCGCGCCCCAUGUUCGCGUCCUACCUCCCGGGACACGCGAGCGUGGCGUUUGUGUCGCGAGCGUCGCUUGAAAAUGGCACGGUGACAGAGUAUGGCCUCAAGAAGAGGGUUGAGCCCGUGAAGGGCUGCAGGACGGUGAGUAAGCGGGAUAUGAAGUACAACGAUGCCAUGCCCAGGAUGAAGGUCGAUCCGGAGAGGUAUACGGUGGAAGCGGAUGGUGUGGUUUGCAAGGCGGAGCCGAGUUCAGAACUGCCGAUGGCACAGUUUGCUUAUGUAUUCUAA